AAAGAGAAGAAUAAAAAUAAAAAUGGCGUGUCAAAAUAAUAGCGUCUAAUAAUCGUAUCGUAUUUUUGUGAAAUUAUUUGUGAUAACUUCUUAAUAAAACGUUAAAAAACCAUUCAAGUCAAUAGCCAUAUGCAAAAACUAAUCAAUUAACCAAUCAAUGUGUGUUUCGAACAGUGGAGAAUAGAAAUAAAGUGAAAAGACGGCAUAACCUCUAAAUUUCGUGACAUAAAUAUUGGUGGUAAUAUGAAAGAAGGUAAAUUGCCGCCUAAAAUGAUGGGUGGUGUUGGCGGCAGUAGUGCACCGACAACAACAAUGAUCCAGUGUUCACCAACGAUAUCAUCGACCUCGUCUAGAGGAGCAUCUGCGACGCAAUCCAGUCCGGUAUCCUCGUCUACGCCGAGCAAGCAGCCCAGUGACGAAAUACUUUCCUCCCUAUUGAGAAUGAACAAUUUUGACUCAAUAUCGAGCAUCAAAGAUGAGUCUUUGGACAUUGACUUGUCGGCUUGUGUAACAAUCAGCGCCGAUCCAUCCGGUAUGAUAGGAGGCAACAGUUUAUCAUCUUCGGAUUUUUGGAAGGCGCUCGAUGAAAGUGCCCAGACAUCGCAGUUGGAUGUGAGCGGUGGUGGUGUUAGUGGAACAGCGAGUGGUGGCAGCGUUGUUGGUGGUGUCAGAUCCCCACCGUCUCCCUCGCCGUCAAGUAAUAACAGCAUUUUGAAUACCAGUGAUAAAAGUGAUCUGGGUAAUGUGAUCAAGAAAGAGCAAACUGAUUUCAGUGGAACGUUUUUAAAGCCCUCAUGUGGCAUUACGUUUUCGCCAUUGAAGCGUUGCAUCAAAUCUUCUGGUCCCGAACAACUGCACAUGCUGAAGGACAAAUCGCCCACCAGAUUCACUAAAUUGGAGGGACAGAAUAACAAUGGGCCACCAUUAUUAUCGCCCAUAAUACGUUUAAAUCAGUUUCCAAAGCCGACAGUGGAUGUGCCUAGGUUGAACGGAAAUACAACUAUCAAUACCAUUGCUAGUGGAACAGUAACCAUCAAGAAGGAGUCAAUAACAACCAAUGAACACUUCGUACAACCUCCACCAUUGGCUGCUUUAGAUUGCACAGUCAAUAAAAACGAAGCAGCACCAGCUAAAAUUAUACUGGAACCCUUAUACAAAUGUUUAGAUUGUGAUGUUGCUUUUCAAGACAGUCAGGAAUUGGCAAAUCACAACAAUCAUCGUAUCAUAUACAAAUGCAUGGAAUGCGAACGUGAAUUUGAUUCAGAACCAUCAUUAAAGAAGCACUUGAAAACCCAUCGACCAAUUGAUGCCCGCAAGGAUGCAUGGAAAAAGUGUCCCGACUGUGGAAAGUGCCUUAAACUGGGUAGCAUGUGGAUGCAUCGUAAAAUACACACAGAGAACAAAAAAUACGGCUGUGAAAUAUGUGGUCAGAAAUUUGUGCAGAAAAUCAAUUUGACCCAUCAUCAACGUAUCCAUACCUCAGAGAAACCAUACGAAUGUUCCGAGUGUCAGAAACGUUUUCAAGAACGUAGUCAUUUGCAGCGCCAUCAGAAAUACCAUGCCCAGACACGGUCGUAUCGUUGCGAAAAAUGUGGUAAAAUGUACAAAACCGAGCGGUGUCUCAAAGUCCACAACUUGGUACAUUUAGAGCAGCGACCAUUCGCCUGCACCGUCUGCGAUAAGUCAUUCAUAUCCAAUUCAAAAUUGAAGCAGCAUUCGAACAUUCACACCGGAGAGAGGCCAUUCAAAUGUAACUACUGUCCUCGUGAUUUUACAAAUUUCCCCAACUGGUUGAAACACACUCGACGUCGUCACAAGGUCGACCAUAAGACGGGCGAAAUGUUAGAAAACAUUCCUUCAUAUUGUUCCAAGAAAUCAACACGCACGCCAAAGGAGAAGAAACCCACUGGAACAGCAGAUACUAAAAAUCCCUCAAAUGCUGCACCAGCAAAUUCUGCACCGCCGACCAAUCCAAAUGUAAAUGAUCUCAAUAGAAUGGACACGAGUGAUUCCGGCACCACCACCAGUGCAAACACAUUUGUUGCUCCUGUUGUUCCUCUAUCAACAACUGCAGUCACCGUCGUUUCAAAGGCAUCUAUGACAACCAGCGUUUCUAAUACUGCAGUUGUUAACAACAUUGGGCCACCACCGUUGGCCAAAGUUCCGGCUAAACGUAAGAAGAAAAUACAACCAGUUGCAGCAAAUGCAACAAUUAAAACCGAGAAGGAUAUUGUGGCAACAACGGCAAGUUAUAUCGUCAGUGCAGCUCCUAAUUCACAUAUUGUGAAUAUGUCAACGUCAAAUGGGAUUGGUCCUCCACCUUUGGCUUUGGUCUUCAGUACAAAGCCCAUGAUGGUUUCGAGUAGUAUGUCGGCCAACACAAAUGCGCCAAUUUCCUCGUCUCCCAUCAACAACUCCCCCUUAAUGCCCACUCAACAGCCGAAUGUAAAAGUUGAGAAAGUUAAAAGAGAUCGUAAGCAACCGAUGCCAAAGCAAGUGCAACAAGUCCCUCCUCCAAUAAUUAUCAAGAAGGAAUUUAUAGAGCCAAAGGCUGAACUGCAUGCGGCACAAAAUGAUUCACAUCGAACCCCACAGCAGCAUGAAUCGCAGCAACCACAGACCAAAACCCCAUUCCCAGAUUUGCAUUGUCUGAGUAUAACAUCGGCUGAGGAGUUAAUAAUGGAACAUGCCCUGGAAAUGGAGGAAUGUGGUCUAUAUAAACCGACCUCGGCAGCAGCUGCCACAGUUAUGCCCACAUUUGCCGAAACUGACAAUGCCAUAUCUUCCGAAUCUGUGGCGAAUAUGCACUUUAAGAUCAAGGAAGAGAAUCAUGAUAUGGAUUUAAAAACAGAGGAAUAUGAUUCCAUUAAAAAGAACAUAUCAUCCUUGGAAUCAUCUCCAUUUUCAUCACCAGCUUCCAUGGAAUUUGCUCCUUCAUCUGCAGCUACAGCCGAUUUCAAUCCGGCCAAUAAUUUUUACUUGCCGCAGUUUACCAUCACCAACAAUCCAAUUAUUACCACAAACUCGCAAACAAUUGCUGGGUCCAUGAAGAUGGAAGAUGCCAACAGUACAACCACACGACAGCAAGUGCGACAACUAGUGGCAACCAAUAUCAAUGGUGUCCCCGAACUCAUACACAUAACCAACAACGGUGGCAAUUCAAGAUUUGUUAAAUCAAAUAUGGUCUCAAAUGGUAGCAGCUCCACUGGCGCAAACGAUAACACAUCAUCCUUUAUCAAUCAACUGUAUUUACCGCUCACCGUAAAUGCCGGCCCGGUGCUGAUGAAGUCCCAUCAGGCUCUGCCAUCGGUUGAUACGCUUUUAUUCUCCCAUUCGAAACUGGCGCUAUUCAACAACCGUAAUUUACCAAAACAAGCAACAACUGCUCAACACAAUUUGUCCUAAUCCAAAGUUGAAACAACUUUUAACUGUAAGACCACGUAAAAUUUUAUAAAAAAUGCUUAGUUCUAUUGUUUAAUCUUGGAACACUUUGACUUUACUUCCCCCAUUUCUAUUUAAGUUUUGCAAUUGAACGGUCCCCUCGAUUACUUGUCAAAAAAUAUAAAAAAAAACACACAUCUUAUAAAAUUAGAGUCCAACAACAUUUCAAUACAUAUGUAUAUUUUAAGGCCCUUUAUUUCAUAGUAUCACAAAAAUUUCCUUCUUUCCAAAAAUCAAUAUGUGGUAGUUUUGUUUAAUUUAGAUUGUAGUAAAACAUAAGCGAACGAAUCGAAUGUUAUAUAUUAAUAUAUACUAUAUAUUUUUUUGCAAACCAAUGUCCUUUAAACAUAAGAAAACUUUUUUAGUCUUUGGUAGUUUGUACAAACAAUUUUGUAAGAAAAAAAAAUACGGUAAAUAAAAAUAUGUUUUUCUCAGAUUCAUAAA